CGCUGUAUCAUGUUCCUAUUGUUUAUACUAAAUUUAUCAUACAAAUAAAUAUCACGUAGUGUACUUCGGUACUUCAAAUGUAAUAGCAAUUGAAACAUAGUGACUCGACAUAAGAUAAGAGUGAAAAUGUAUUUUAUCUAGUGUGAAAUUACUAGUUUUGUAACAUUUAAUUAAAAAAAAAACUCCAUAGUAUCUUUUAGUUUGGCGCCAUCUUGAAUUUUCGAGUAAUUUACAUUGAGAGAGAAUACUGACGGUUUAGGAAUGAACGGAAAAACCAAAACGAGGCAAAAUGCCGAUUCCCUGAAACAGGAAUCAACUAGGCAAGCUCUCCUAACAGUUAUAGUGAUCUUUGUCACUUCGUUAUCAGCUUUGUUCUAUGUGUACACUAGUUUCCCCGAGCUCGCAGAAAAUGAGCGUCAACAUAUGAAACUUCCACUGCAUAUCGAAGAUGCCAAGAAUUUGGGCAAACUGCUAGGAAGAUACAAGGAUCUCUAUUAUUUCCAAGUGCUAGCUGGAGUAUUUACGACCUACAUUUUCUUACAAACUUUCGCGAUUCCGGGCUCAAUUUUUCUAUCGAUCCUCUCAGGAUUUCUCUUUCCAUUCCCGCUAGCAUUAUUUCUAGUAUGCAGCUGUAGCGCGAUAGGAGCCUCGCUGUGCUACCUUCUAUCGUCACUGUUAGGACGCAAGCUGCUCUUCAAGUACUUUCCCGUGAAAGCAAGGGAGUGGACACAGGCAGUAAAGAAACACAGGCAUAAUUUGUUCAAUUAUAUGCUUUUCCUGCGGAUGACUCCGUUGCUGCCGAACUGGUUCAUCAACCUUGCCAGUCCAAUUAUCGGAGUACCUCUGGCGCCUUUCAUUUUAGGCACAUUUUUCGGAGUGGCGCCGCCAUCCUUCGUAGCAAUACAGGCUGGUCAGACAUUGCAGAACCUGACUUCUUCGACCGACGCAUGGUCGUGGAACAGUAUUCUGAUUUUGUGUGUGUUCGCUGUGCUGUCGCUAGUACCUGUACUAUUUAAGCAGAAACUACAAGAGAAGUUCGACUGAACUUUAGGAAUGAAUUCGUAUACACUGAGUGCAUGGUGCACUGUAAAAAAAAUUUCGAAGCUUAAUUUAGACUUAAUUCUAUUAUCGAAUCGAUUUUAUGUGAUUCAAUGCUCUAUCGACGAAACUGUGAGACAUUCCUCAGUUUGAAAUGAAAGUUCAGGAUUAUAUAUACAUAUAUGUAUAGACAAUCUAGGGGUCCAGUGGAAAUCCUUUUUAAACGCAGGGUCUCCUACACAUGAGCCGAGCACCUGAGAUACUUCACUUAUUAUCGAUAAGCAACUUCGAUCCAAUUUGCUAAAAAUAUUUGCCUCUUUACAUCUAACAUAACAUAGCUUUCCUCUUAUCCAUAAUAAGCGAAAUAUUUAAUAAGUUCCUUUCACACUGAACCCUUCGAUUAUUACGGAUCAGAAAUGAAAAAUAGUUUUAUAUAUUACAAUUUUGCAAAGAAUUUAACGCUGUUAUGUUUCUUUUAUUCUUCUUUUUUUUUCUAUAUUAAUCUUCAUACAAAGAUUACUGAGAGACGUUGAAUCUAUGAAAACUGCACAAACUCAGUUCAAAUGGCCAUUAUACAGGCUGACCCGUUUGAAUUGAUUCGCUCAAGUCUUUUUUGUCCGCAUUUUCGAGCGGAUCGGUUUAAACAGAUCGCCCUGUACAAACUUUACUAUACAUUUAACCUUUAUUUAUAAACUGUUGCACAGAAAUAUUUAUUUAUUACGAAGCUUAUCUUAUUUGAUAAGAGAAAUACGGAGAAGGUGAAACGCAUUAUACAUUUAUUGAAAAAUUCUUAGCGAUGUAAUUAUACAAAAACCGAUUUUUUCCGACUCUGUAAAAUAACUAGCAAAAGGAGAUUAUGUAAUUGAUAGAAAUACUAGUUGAAUUCGAUACAGGUAGGCUAACUGGGCGCCAAUACCACCAAUUGUACCAUACUGAAAUCGGAGAAAGUGUAAUUUCUAUCGAAUGUAAAUAAAUGUUAAAAAUGUACAACAUUCAGAAUAACGAUAUAAAUUACUUUAAUUCGAUAUACUUACGAAUUUUGCCAGCAGUUAAUAAAACCGUGAAGGAUACGCA